CUCGACCACGCCUCUGUUUUAACAGUAUAGCUGGAUUUACAGUAGCUGUGAGCACAACUUGUUCAAGGUGUGGUGUGACGCUUUUUACCUCGCGGAAUCUUGCAAGUCUCAAAAUCACAGGAAUGGACAAUAGCAGCAGACUAAUGAUCGCAGUCAUCAUGGUAAUGGCGUGCAUGGCAAUGGGAGCCGAGGCACAGAACACCACAAUGGCACCCAACGCCACAAUGACACCCGUCCCAGCUUUCACGCAAAGCAUCUCAAGGACGAAUUGUGGAAAGACUCAGUUCUGUGCUGCUGAGCCAUCAGACUGUGACCCGGCCAUGGCUGGUUCAUGUUUCUUCGUCUCCAUGCAGCAGUCCUCAGGACAGACCUUCUCCCUCCAGCUACGAGGAGAGUCCAGAGGCUACAUCGCUGUAGGCUUUUCCAAAAACACCACACAGGGCGUUAAUGACACCACCUACGUGUGUGCCAACAACAACGGCACUAUGAAGUUCUUCACCACUCUCCUCCUAAAUAAAGUUCUGACUGUCACUGGCACGCUGCCUGUGGACUCUGUGAACGGCUCAGUCAACGGUCAGAUCAUCCAGUGCACCUUCUCUGCUACUCUCCCCGAAGCUACCACCAGCUUCGUCCUCUCCAUUUCCAACGGGACCGUAAUUAACGAAACCCUGGGUACUCCUAAGGUUGUCCUGGUCAGCAAUGCAGCCGUGAACCUGGCCAACCCCAACAGUACUGUGAUCAACUUUUUGAACGCCAUCCCCACUACUGCUACUUCCUCCACUACUGCUACUCCCACCACUACUGCUAAUUCCUCCACUACUACUACUUCCAACACUACUGCUAAUUCCUCCACUACUACUACUUCCAACACUACUGCUAAUUCCUCCACUAAUGCUACUUCCACCAUUACUGCUAUUUCCAUCACCCCCUCCAGCCACGCCUUGGGCCUGCAGCACACCCUGUCUCAAGCUCUGCUGAUCCUGCUUGGUGUGCUAGGUAUGAUGAUGCUGUAAUGAUGAUCUGAAGGUGACACACCAUGAACUCCUGCAUCUAUACCUUUACUGCCACUGACACUGGCCAGGCUGCACUACUUUCAGGAGGUUGGGAAUACCAUGUGGUGCAUUUUUUGACGCACUGGUACCGGGUUAAAAGACCAUGUCAGAUCUGAAGUUAUAUGCUUAUAAAUGCAUGUUCUUCAACAUACAUAGUGGAACACUUUCUAGUUGGGGGUAGUCAGACAAUAGCGUACAGAAUGGAUCCGGUGAUUCAAGGCCCAAUGCUGACAGGUUCACAAUUUUAACCUCAUAUUCAUCCUCUCCAGCACCACCCCUAACAUCAACACCCGUCUUCUUCAAUUUCGUUGACCACGAAACGUCGAACCCGCCGCUUUCACAUAUAUUGACGUCUCGGAAGGUUGGUGGCACCUUAAUUGGGGAAGACGGGCUCAUGGUAACGGCUGGAGCGGCAUGUGCGGAAUGGUAUCAAAUACAUGGUUUCCAGGGGUUUGAUGUUGGUUCGGGUGGUGCUUCAGAUGAUGAAUAUGAGGUUGGAAUUUCCCUAUGUAUACCCCCCCCCCCCCCCAUGUCAUCCCCUAUACAUUUAGAAUCUUUGUUUUAUUUUGUCUUUGCUGAUGUAGUUUUAUGUUGGUGUGAGUGUGUGUUUAAAUAUUUGUCUCGAGUGUUGGCACACAUUCUCAUAGAUGACACCACAAAUUGGCAGAAAUGUGUGUGUGUGUUUGUGUGCGUGCGAGCGAGCUUGUGUGUCUGUCCAAUAAGGAAGCCACUGGAAGGUGAACCGUUCUUCCUGAUUACCCUUUUAAAUGAAACAUGUUUUAAUGUGCAAUUAUGGAUUUUUUUUUUUUAACAAUAUUUUUUUAAACAACAAUGUUUUUAACAAUGCAUGUUAAACCUUUCAUGGGUAUAUUUGCUUAAUCAGUUGACACUCAAACGGACAACUUUUAAUGUACUGUACACUCAAAAGCUGACACAGAAUCACUCAGGGUUAGUUCGGAUUGCAUACUGUUGUAUGAGUCAUGUCUUUUGCAGGGUGUUUCAUCAGACAGUUGGUAAAGGUGGCCUUGUUUGGAACCAAAAGCAUAACAUUUAAAAAGCAUAAACGACGAGCUUACAACAAAAUAUAUUAAUACACAUAGACUAUAGCACUUUCAACGCAAUAUAUGAAAAGUGCUUUACAAAUAAUGUUAUUAUAGUAUCAUGAAUGAAUGAAUCAAUGAAGAGCUGUCUACAGGUAAGUGCCAAAAUAAAGGAAACACCAACAUAAAGUGUCUUAAUAGGUCGUUAGGUCACCACAAGCCAGAACAGCUUCAAUUCAACUUUGCAUAGACUCUACACAUUUCUGGAGCUCUAUUGGAGGGAUGCGACACCAUUCUUCCAUGAGAAAUUCCAUCAGUUGGUGUUUUGUUGAUGUUAGUGGAAAUCGUCCCUCCAGAGGAUCCCAUAAGUGUUCAAUUGAGUUGAGAUCUCGUGACUGAAAUGGCCAUGGCAUAUGGUUGACAUCGUUUUCAUGCUCAUCAAACCAUUCAGCGACCACUCGUGCCCUGUUGAUGGGGCAUUGUCACCCCAUUGGGGCAUAGCCAUGUUUGCCAAAAUAAUGGCCUGCCCAGCGUUUUUAUACAUGACCCUAAGCACGACGGGACGUUAACUGCUUAAUUAACUCAGGAACCACACCUGUGUGGAAGCACCUGCUUUCCAUACACCUUGUAUUCCUCAUUUACUCAAGCAUUUCCAUUAUUUCGGCAGUUAAAUAUACAUCUCUAUUCAAGAACAAACUACCCCAAAGGGUCAUUUUUACACCUCUUCAAUUCAUUGGCUCAACAUUGGAGGCAACCAAACCCCAACACUGUUUUAUGUCAGGUACUUGACUUAAUGUGUUCCUUUCAGCUCCUAGUAGAGCAAGGGCCUCAAACAUAAGAUAAAGAGCAUGUGUAAAACAUACUUAUAAAUCAUAUUUUCAGAACACAAAAACAUGUAUUACAGUUUUAACAUUAGCAUUGAGAAGUAUACUCUGGUAUUGGAAUGGUAUAUUAUUGGUAUAGUUUAUGAUGUUUGUUUUGUGUUAUAUGUGCAUUCCAACAAAUAAAAGCAAUU